AUGUGUCGCCUCUUGAACAUCUUCCUGGCUCUGCUGAGUCGUUUCCUGUUCGCUGCCCAUGGAGUUGUUACGGUGUGGCAAGUGGUGACCGUUAAAGGGGAGCCCCUCUACUGGCUGCUGCUUUCAGGUGUUGCCCUGCUGAGCGUGGAAAUGGCCCUCACCCUCAAAUGCACCCGCAAUGCAGAGUGGAAAUGGUUCUCCCCUAUGGUUUUCCUCUACCUCAGUACUGUCAUCCCAUCCAUUUGGUUUCUGGAGCUGAGCCUAUUACAGUCCAAGUUGCCCGUCAACGAUUCCUCCAGCCAUGAGCUUCAUUUGCUGGCCCACAUCCCCAUCACAGUGGACAUUGAAGAACUUGGACCAGAGAACUGGGUGGCAGGACUGGAGCAGACUAUGCUUAUUGUGCUGGUUCUGGGCCGCUGGCUGAUGCCCAAAGGGGACAUGUCACGGGACCAGCUCUCUCAGCUCCUCAUGGUAUAUGUUGGACUGGGUGCUGACAUCCUAGACAUCUUUGAUACUUUCAAGGAACCUGAAGUCAAAGGCAACCGGGUGGUCAUCAUCGUAGGCCUUGCUCUCUUCUCUUGGGCGCUCAUGCAGUUUCCACUGGUUCUCACCCAGACGCGAGCCUCUCAGGAAGAGCAAGUCCAGAACCAGCUGAUGAUUUUCUUCACCUGCAAGAACUUACUUAUUGUCCUUUUGGAGCUUUACAGAAUCUUCGUGGUGCAGUUUGAACAGCAGUGUCGAGGCAGGCGGCGGCUGAAGAGCGCCAAAGGCAGCGAGUUUCAAUUCAAUUAG